AUGGUAGCGCUAAAAGGCGAACAUAACAGCAUUAAACUCCGAGGAGUUGAGAAUGACACAAUUAGAGUUCCUAAAUCAAAUAGGAAGCUAAACGGUAAUCAACUAAACACGCAAAAGCCAUUUACAAACCAGCGUCUGGAUUCCACGAACUUCAACAGAUCCCCAGGAAACAUUUUUGUCGAAAUAGACAAGAGCAUUGACUUUAAUUUAAAUAUCACAGAACUAUUAAAGAAUGAUUUGUCUGAUAACGGGGUUGCUAUCUCAGAUAGUCAGAAAGUGUUAUUACACUCAUUAUCAUUUCUGGUAGGGUUUUCGGUCAUCCUUUUCACUGCGGGUAUGAUUAAAUAUAUCAAAAUUGCAUUUAGAAAGUAUAGGACCAAGAAAAUGACUGGAAAUUUUGACAAAUGGAUCGACACUAGUGGUAUUAGUUUGGCAGAAUGGAAGGGGAAACAAACUACCAUCAUCCGCAUUGAAGAUUACGAAGAUGUCACUCAAAUUAGUACGGAAGAGACAUCAGAUUCCAAUGAAUCCAUCAUUUCGGACUUCGAAUCGAAAAGCGAUUAG